AUGGCGUCAUCAAGCGUGAGCAGUAACAGCGCCAUCUUGGCGCACCUUUCGCAUGCGCUUCUGCGCAUCUCGCGCAUCCCACCAAGAGUCAUCGCUAGCCCGCCAACGCAACCUCGUCGCGCAUCGGUGGCCAUAUUGCUGCGCGUUCGACCCACGCCGGAGGACGAAGCGUGGCUUGCACAGAGCCACGAUCCGGAAGCGCAGCAUGAUGCUGCGCGUGCUGUAGAGGCUAAUGCGAAUCAUGAUCUGGAAAACUCGGGCGUGCACAUCUCACAAGCAUCGCUCGGGCAUGCACCGAAUGCUGGCGUCUCGUCGCUCGCCUCCAGCAUGGCUUCGGCUGACCUCUCGUCGACUCUGAGCAGCUUCUUUGAGCUCCCGUGGGUGAAGCGCGGAACGCCCGAAAUUCUCUACAUCAAGCGAGCAGCGCGUAUCGGCGACAAUUGGUCUGCCCACGUCGCGUUCCCCGGCGGGAGGAAGGAAGAAGGCGAUGAGAAUGGACUAUACACGGCUAUGCGCGAGACGUGGGAGGAAGUCGGGAUCGACUUGGCCGAGAAGGAGUUCUCCUGCGUAGGGCAGCUCGACGAUCGCGAGAUCACUACGAGCUUGGGCAAGCGUCUUCUCAUGGUGCUUUCGCCGUACGUGUUCGUGCAGACGUCUCCGUUCAGCCCGCUCCCGGAUCUGCAGCCGAGCGAGGUGGCUUCUGCGCACUGGAUUCCACUUUCGCUGCUGUAUACGCCCAAGCCGAAAUGGGGCACCACGUCGGUGGAUAUCAGCAGUCGGCUUGCGCCCAAAUCGCCGCUGGUGAGGUGGGUGCUGCGUGCAUUGGUGGGCAAGAUGGAUUUCAAAUGCAUUCUGUUGCCCAAUGAUCCGGUGGCGGUAGCUGAGUACGACGAGAACGAUGACGAUCACGUUCAUUUGCUGGCAGAUUCUGCGGCUGUCGGAGGCGAGAAAGCCGGAUCGUAUAUCGCGCGUGCGGAACAAGGCAGCAUUCGACCAGAACUCCGUUUGUGGGGAUUGACUCUGGGGAUGACGCUCGACCUGCUAUCGCACAUGACGACGUUCAGCAGCAGUUCGUCAUUUCGCUCUGGUGCUAUCUCACCUACUCCGUUGGAGCCUUCUUCUCCUUCUCGAAUCUUGUCGACGUUCGGCUCGGUGCCACCUCUUCAGGAUGCGGCAUCGAGCUCGAUGCCGAGUGCGUCGGAGCUCGUUUCUUCACCGCUCGUCUCGAUCAACCGUGUCAUCGGUCGUGUCAGGGACGAAUUCCACCUUAACCCUCCACCGGCAUCGCAUGCGUUAGCGCCAAGCCUCACCUCAGUCUUCCCCAGGUUCUCGUACCCGGACGUGAAUUUUUGGAUCUGGUUCUUUGGCUGGAGGUACCGCAACGUGGUACGAGGUUGGGAGUCGAGCGUGGGUACGAGGACCGAGAGGAAGUUCAAUUGGAGCGGUAUGGCGCUAGGUGCGUUCUACAGCGCUGUCAGGAGGGCGCUCGUGGUCGCGGUGAUCUUGAGGGCGUUGGGAACGCUUUCCGCCGGAGGAAUCGCGGCAUGGCUGGUGGGUAGAAAGGUGAACAGGUCUAGGAAGGGUUUGCCCGGGCUAGGGUUGGAUGAGCUGUUGUCGUGA